CUUGUUUGUUGUUAAUUACUUCAUUUUGCGGUCCACUCUCCUCUGAUACUGAGAGAACCAAAUUUUCACCUUCAACAGCGAAUAGGGCAAUUUGGGAAACACGCCGUGUGCUUUCUGCAAGACUUAUAGAACAAUUUUUCUUGGGACUUUAUACAAGGACUUAUAUGAGAAGUUAUGCAUUCAGCAGCCAUGGGGGAAUAUCGAAUUCAUGAAAGUGAAAAAACGAAGGGCGCUGAUUUAACCCAUUUCUCACGACAGAAUUCUUUGGACUUUAAGAUGCAGACCGAUGCUCGACUAUCAGAUAUGGUUUCUUCUGAUGAAGACGAUAUUAUUUCUGACAAUGAUUCUAUGUUGAACAGUCCAAACUCUCAGAAUAAAUUUUCAAAUGAAGACCUCAGAGAUUCCAAAGACAAGAUGUUGUCUUCAGAUGGUAAAGAAUCACCAAUUAAUGGGGAUGACUCUAGUGUUCGCCGAUAUAGAACAGCAUUCACAAGAGAACAGAUUGGAAGGCUGGAAAAAGAAUUCUACAAAGAAAACUACGUAUCCCGUCCUCGGCGAUGCGAGUUGGCUAAAUUGCUUAACCUGCCAGAAAAUACAAUUAAGGUUUGGUUUCAAAACCGAAGAAUGAAGGACAAAAGACAACGCAUGGCUAUGGCCUGGCCAUACGGUAUUGCCGAUCCACAUCUAUAUGCUUAUCUUGCCGCGGCCGCAGCUUCGUAUCCAUACAGCAUUUCUCCUUCAAACUCUAAUCCAUUUAAUUAUUAUUCAUCACUUGGACUCCAACGAUCAGCAAACAAUAUGGGACAAUUUCCAUCUCCGGGACCACUCCGACCCAGAUCUGAAAUCAUUCCCGGAAUGACGGGAGCUGCGCUUUUGCGAUCGUCUGCCAUGCCAAUCCCACACUCUCUUGCAACAUCGACACAACUGAACUGCAGUAUGCUCCCUCCAUCUGACUCUUUGCUUGGUCACUCACAUUCCAGUAUUCCUUGCUCAACACAUAAUGACAAUUGUAAUUGUUCGCCAUUGUUUGGAGGACUUUCUAACUUGCCUACGUCACUUCCGUCUGUGCAAGCACCGAAAGCUCACUCAAAUACUACGUCACAUGGACUUUUCCGACCUUUCCAAACAGAUGUUGAAAGAUCGUGACACAAAUCAAAAGAUUUUUUUAAGUGCUCAGUAUUUAUAAACACUUUGACACAAGUAUAGAUUAUUAUCAA